UUGCAUCGGAGAGCUCGCGACUCGGUGUGGCGACCUGUCAGAGGAUCGAGGCGGCACCGUAAUUGGCUUAGGGAUGACCACGUGGUGCAGUCGGCACGGAGGGGAUUGGCUGUCGGCUCGGAGGCGAAAGCAGUUUUGUUCUAGUAUUUACCGUAGAGUAAACCGAGUUUACUCUUCGGUUUACGUUCAUUGUUUGGCGCAUUUGACAGCCACGACGGCUGGCGAUGGUUCGUGGAGCGAGUCGCGCGUUCGUCGCAUAUCCAGGGAUUUAUAUCGCAACAGGUGUGGUUUGUGCUUCGCGGAUAAUAAAAUAAUAUGGCCGUUUGUUCGUGAGUGAGGUGCGACACUUACCUGCGUUAUUUAACGCCAGUAUCCGCGCACUUGUGCCACUCCGGCAGCGCACGUAGCAUGCCUUGCGGAAAACAAGUGUGGAGGAGGAAGCUGUACCCUGAAAACAAGUGAAUACAAACAUACCCACCCCGGAUCUGCGCCGACGAUGCGGUCGGUCACGUAGCGCGCCUACGAAACACGCCGAGGAAUGCGCUCGAUGCAUGGAACGCAGCAGGAGAUAUGAACGAAGCAACGAGCGAACCGGUGACCCUGCAGCAGGAAACCACGACAACGACGACGACGACGACGACGGCGUCUGGUUCACCCUCAGCCUCGGAAUCGGGGAUGGAACUCGGGCUGAACUCGUGGUUUCCGGCCUACGGCUUCCACGCUCCUCAGAUGCAGCUGCAGAUACACUCGGCGAGCCAUUACCAGCCCAACUUUCAACCUACGCACGAAGAUCCACGCUCCAAUGACGCUCUGCUUGUACGGCAGGUCGAAUUUCUGGAGACGAUCCUCGAGGAGACCUCGGACGAUCUCCAAAGCGACUCGGACCGAAGCGGGACAGCUUAUUGGCUGGGUUCUGAUUCCGAAACGGAAAGUGUCAUUCACGUACGAGCUCGUCACGCAGAGGAGAAAUUGGACGGUAGCGGAAGCGAGUGUAAUUCGGUGGUGCCAAAGAAACGUAGACGAAAGAACGGGGUCGAGGGGGAUGAAGACGCGGUGAUGAUGUACGACGACAACGGGGACGAAGAGGACGAGGAAUUUUCUUCCUCGUCUCGGUCGAGUUCCCUCCUCCAGUUCGAGACCUUGGAAAGAAACUGCGCGACGACUUGUCGAGACUCACCGUCGAGCUACAGUUUCGACUCCCUAGACUUUGCGAAUCGCAGGCCGAACGGCAACUUCGGCAACACGUCGCCGGACAGUCUGGAGGGUCGGAGUCUCGACAGCGACACAAUCGUGACGAACGGCACGUCGAACCACGUUGGAGAACGUCUGGCGAACGGUGUGCAAGGUAAGAUCCGUCCCUAUCGCAGCUUCGAGAGCCUUGAGACUUGCCAAAAGUUGGAAGACCAUCGGCUGGUCAACGGUGGGUUCGCCAUUUACGCGACCAACGAGAAGCACCGGAAUCUCCGACUGGCCGGCGAGUAUUCGGACGACGAGUACGACUACGACGACGACGACGAGGAGGAGGAGGAGGACUAUGACGACGUUGGUCUGGGGCGAAGACUGUCGGCACGUGACAGGGACUUUUGGCAGGGUGAAAAUGGCGGGGAUAUAAGCGAGUUUAAUUGUAAGAAGUUCGAGGACAGGCUCGGCUUUGCCGAAAUUCCAUCCGGCUACUCGACCUCGAUGGACCGUCGGAACAUAAUCGAUCUUCGUGAGAUCGGUAUUGAAACGAAGCGCGACGCCGUCCUCGAACUGAGGUCUGGCCAAACUCUCGGCUCGGCCGCUCUGCUGCAGAGCAGGAUAAAUAUAGCGAGCGGCAUGGGUCGAGGCGGCGGAGGCGGCAGUUGUGGCGGCCAACAGGGGUGGAGCGAACAGGGUUUUAAUUUUAGAUUCACGGAUAAAUCUCAGAGCGUGCCCAGUCUGGCCAGCGACGUCUCGACGCACGGUGCAGCGACACGUCGUUGCAGCAUUUCCCCGUCCCAGCUCCACUUCGAGGCGCAGGACUUCGAAAACUUUGUACAAGUAUCCAGCGUCCCCGUCGGACUUCAUCUCUGCGGGCUGGCGGCCCAGAAUGUAUUUCGGUCAACGUCCGAAGAGCCGGGUGUUGCCGAUCACGAAAUGGCGGAGCUUCCCGGGUGCGAGGAAGAAGCGACCUCGCCCUCCUCCCUCGAGGAGGAGCCUAAGCGACAGGUAACGUCGACGGUCAGGACGCAGGACAGGGCCGAGACGAACCUGGUCUUGGUCCCGGUCCCGAUGACGGAUCUGCAGGUGGAUUCCAUCGUCGACGAGGCGAUCAGACGCCUCGAACGCGAGGACGAGGCCCGGAAGCCUCAGGAAACCGGCCAGCAGCGUCCGAGAAGAGUGAAGAACAACGCGAGCUACGAACUCGCCCAGCACUUCGAAGUCGAGGAUUUCGCCAGGAGGUUACCCGUCCCCGAGGGAGACGCCGAGGUCCCGAAACCGACGCCGAGACGUCGCGUUCGCAACAACGCGAGCUACGAGCUUGCUCAGCAAUUCGAUUACGUCAGGGCCUUCUCAGGACAGAGAACCUUCCAGCGGAUGGACGCCUGUGACGAGCUCGAGGAACCGGGAACCUCGGGGCUCAAGGUCACCGACCUUGUCGAGGAGAUGACGAAGAGCUUCGCCGGCACCGGUUCCGAGACCAAUCUCACCACCGCCAACGGGUUCGGACCACCCGAGGCCAAGGUUUACUCGAAAUCGAGCGAAAACGUUGCCUCGGAUCGAGGGAGGAGCGUCCCGGUUAGUGAGAACCACGUUCAAGGUCACGGGAAGAUUUCGGAGGCGAAGAAAAAAGCUGGCAACGCGAUGUUGUUCAAUCGCGACGAGAACGUCGAGGGGGAAUCGCUUCUGAGUCAGAUAAAAAAAAACUUGGAUUCAUUUUCAACGUGUGGAGAAAGUGCUAGCGCACAAAAAUUCGACGACGAACCAGACCUACCGUAUUUCGAAAAUAAAUCCAUAGCCGCAACCGUAACCGAUCAUCAUCAUCAUCAUCACCAUCAUCACGAUCAUCAUCACAAUCCUAACAGUAAUAAUCAAACCGAUGAAAAUUCACAAGAAAUCAACCAAUCGGAGGACAGUGAAGGGGAGAGUAAAUCCGCAGCAACGAAUCGCGAGAACGAGGACGAAGGACACGUCGAAGAGGAGGAUGAGGAAGAUGAGGAACGCGAGGAAGUCGAGGUCAGGGUCAGGGGCGAAAAACGGAGGUUAAAAUUGAACGUCAACGCGGCGAGUGACUAUCUCGGUAACAGCGGCGGAAACUGCGGUGCAGGUGGUAACGUGGUGGCGGAUAUGUUCAUCACCGGAAAGCCAUCGAGCCUCGAAUCGUCGUCGUCAAGAUCGGUGAGCAGCACGCCGAACUUGCACAAGAUGUCGUUCAUAAGUGAAUUUUACCCGGAACAAAACGUUACGACGACGCCAACGUCGGCGACGAUGACGAACCCGGUUCACCAGAGCUCGGGUGGUAUUUGCUGCAACGACGAUCCGUUCGUCGACGACAUCGACGAGGGAAUCGGCAGCGUCAAGGACUACGACAGACUGUUUCUUCACGGUUCGGUUAGGUCCGAGUCAGCCAUUGGCAUGACGAGGUUCUCCAUGGACGGGGCUGCCGGAAGAUCGGAAGCCGAUGACCAUAGACGGGACGACGCCGGUGUUGGGAUCGGAACAGGGAGCAGCAGCGACAGGAAUACGGAGAGGCGAUCGAGGGCGGGCAGUUCCACCACUAGCGGAAAUACCAGCCUUGGAGAAGGCAGCACGGCCAGUGAAUGGCCGCAGAGACCAGAGACCGACAAUGUUUACCCCCCACUUCUGCAAACACAAGCCUCAGAGCCGCUCCAGCGGAUCACCAGUCUCAAACGGAGUGGGACCGUUGAGGCAAAACAAACCCAAAGCAACGCGACUAGUUAUACGGGUGUCACGACGCGCGAUAUGUCGUCAAAGUUGUCGUCAUCCGGGGUGUCGGCGGUGCAUCAACACCAGCAGGACACUACCGGAUCCGGGAAAAUUCAGCAGGAGAAAAAAAAGGGUCUCGGUGGUUUUCUUCAGAGGUUUUCGAGGCUGCGGUUUAGUGGUCGUUCUAAAGUGCCGAGGUCAGAGUUGGUUAAGAAGAGCGCCAGUGCCGCCGAAUCGAGACCUAACAAUGUUAACAAAGUGCAGAGUAAAUCAGUGACGGAUAAUAGACAGACCAACGAGCCCGAGUACGUUAUCAUACCUCUCCAUGGACCAGGAGACGAAGAAAGAAACGAUCAUCCCGCCGUCGUCGAGUCAGCCUCGCCAGAGAAUACCGGAAAGUCGACCGAUGUGCAGAGGAGCGGUUCAAAUUUGAGCUCGAAUUCGCGGUCGGCAAUUUCCAGCAAACCACCCCUGCCGCCACAGCCGCCACGAGCGGGGGCGCUGACGGCGCGGCCACCCUCAGGCGUCGGGACGCGCCGACGCGCCGCGACGGACCUCGGCAGCCCGACGGCCAUCGAGAUGGCGAAAGCUCGCGCGAUGCAGGCUGGCUCCGAGCGCCCCGUCGGCCUGCUCGAGACCGACCUCGACGCAGCCGACGUCGCCGACGCCUCCGUCGACCACCAGGUGGGCGUCGCGACGCCCGCGGCUUCGAACAACAAGAAAACCCGGAGUCUCCUCAACCUGAAUCACAGUCGGGCUGUUCCUGGCGGACGCAACGUACUUCACGCCCCCCAAUCGCCGGGAGGUACUAACGUCGAGGGCGCCGUUUCCUGCGGCCACCAACGCCCCCACAAGUCCAUGGAGUUCCUCCUCGACAAGGAAAACCUCCACUUCGUCAAGCCGCCAGAGAACGAGUUGCAGAAGGUCGGAGAACGCGUGCCUAGCGAACACGAACUUCGAGUACAGCGGUCAUUGCAGAGGCUCAACGUCCCUGAAUGGUACAAGAACUCGCCCGCAGCUCGCGACGGUUUCCGGCUGAAGAGGCAUUCGGACGCCUCGCAACAUGGCGGAUGGCGCACUCUUGGAUCGAAAACUACCUCCUUAUCCUCCCUGUCCUCUUCGAACAAACCACCACCCGGCCCACUUUUGAGUCCAAGUCCGACGCCGCCGGUAUUUUCACGAUGGAGCACAAGUUUGCUGAACAGUGCGGGCAGUUCUCCAGCGAGUUCUGCGAGGUCGUCGUUCAAUCACCGGCAACCUUACCUCGGUUGGCGGUCACAGGAACGACUUUCGAACCCUCGGACCCCGGCGGAACGACUUGCCCAAGGAAUACUGCCGAACGUGCCACCUACGUCUAAGAAACAAGCAACGAGCUUUGGACCAGCGCAACAACUCGAGGUGAGGAAUUCGAUAAAGGAAGUGACGUCGGCGAUAGUACACUAUGUCCAAAGCGGGCAGGAAGUGAACGGUGGUCGUCUCUCACCGCGUCCCGAGAAUUGGGAAGGGCGGGGUGGCGCGAGGUCGACAAGCCCCAGAGGGAACGUGAAAUUGUGUUGGAUGGAGAGUUCGUUCGUUGGUAUGAGGCCGGUGGACUCGCCGAAAACCCCGAUCACCCUGACAACGGAUGUGGAAUGUUGUGCCGUAUGCAAUUCGACGCUAAACGAACCCUGCACCUGCAUCGACAACGCGGUUUCCGGUCUUUUCUUGGACCUGACGCCGGAUGAUGGUCAGAGGAUGUCGCCUUCGCCCUCCUCGCAUCAUCAUCAUCAUCAUCCUCACCAUCGUGGAUCAGGAUCAGGGCAUAGUGAGACGGAGGAGGCUAUGGCGGCGGCAGCUCUUUUGCGGAACAAACCAAGCCCAGGGUCGACCACCCUGGAGGACGUCCUCGACUCCCUCCUCGGCCUGCCCCCCGCCUCUCGCACCCCAAGCCCCGGCCCUGGUCCCACCCGCCGAUCCACCGCUGCCGGGAAGAGCUGCAGCACCCUUCGCCAAGACCUCCAAGAGUCCGCUAGCACGAUGCUCGAGGCAGAUCAGUUGGGGGAUUCGACGCCGUCGUACUUCGCCCAGGGUGGUCAGCUUCAGACCCGUCGUAAAAGCGAAGGCAGUGACUCUCUGCCCCCGAGGAACGCGGCGACAUCUUCAAGCCUGCGGAACCGUCGCGUGUCCUUCGACAACGCCCAAGAAUCACCGGAGAACACCAACCACCACCACCACCACCAUCAUCAGCAUCAGCAGCAGCAUCAGCAGCAGCAGCAGCAACAGCAGCAGCAACACGACAGGACGACGGUGCGUUGCCGAUACGGGAAAUGCACGAACUCGACCUCAGCCGGCGAAGCACGCAGGAGUUACAAGACCUGCCAUAAUUGCUCGUACGCUUAUUGCUCUCGAGAAUGUCGCAGGGCGCACUGGGAACGGCACAGACGGACGUGUCUUUACUCGAGGGCUGGAACUCUGUGCCGGCAGGUGUUGUCCUCGGCGAAACAGGACGGACACAGUCUUCAGCACGUCUCGAACCUGGCGCGUCGAGGAUACGCGUCCCACGGUCGGGGUGCCGUAAAGUGUUUCUUCACGAGCCCGGAAUCGGCCGAGAAAUUCAUCAGCAACGGGUUCAUCGACCUCGGUGAGCCGAUCUACGUACGGUGGUCGGACCUCCUCCCGAGCGAGAUGGGAACCGAGCUUCACGCCGAGUUAAUGAGGCUCUGCAAGUCGUACAACCCGGAGACGAGGCUUGUCCUCUACGUCGCUGUCUGCGUCGUAAGCGAGGUACCGACCUCGGGCGCUGUCAAGUGGGAACGCCAGCUCGUCUCGAAGUGUGCCAAAGUUCGGCUCGCCGGAUGCUGCAGGGAGCUUACGACCUCCGGCAACACCCAGCAGCCCCAGAGGCAGUCCUCGCCGUGCAACAUCACCCGAGAUAUGGACUCACCGGAGACUCUCGUCCUCACCUCCUUCCCCGGCAGCAAUGGUCAGAACACUCCGCAACGAGCCAGGGAAAUAAGCUUCACCAAUAUCCAGAGGCAGCUUAGACUCAGGGGCGUCUCUUUGCGGAGACACUUUCCACAGGUUUACAAAAAGCUUUGCUCAUACGUCGACGGCUCCGUCGACAAGUUCGCACCCGUCACUAUUUAUCCCCGUGAUCAGGCCUCGGGCAAGAGCUUCAUGUGCAUCAUUAUGCUCGACGCCGAACCUGAACGACUUCAACUUCUGCCUACCGACUCUUCGAGGGUCAGGACGGUGGACAUCAGCAUAGAGCAGGAGUGAAGCGAGUUUCAAGGUAUUCGGAAGAGUGGAUAUUGCACCAUGACAAUUAAUUGAUCGCUCUAGCUUUCAGAGAUUUCGUAUCUCGGAUCAAGUAUCAUUCUCAUGGGGAAUUAAUUCAUUUUUCAGACGAGACAGUCCAAAGUGUUUAAAACUAACGUUGAGUAAUUCGUUUUCGUUCACUGGACGUGAUCGGAGAUUCAAUGGGGCCGUUGUAUCAGUUUCGAAUCGUAAUAUCAAAUAACAGUAGUAUGGUUAAUGAAGAUUACUAAACAUUCCAUACCUCAACGUGAGAGCCGUGCGAUCAGACUUUAGUCUCCCAGUUUACAAAAUAUCAUCAGCAAACGUGAGAGAAAAAAUCUUCGACUUGAGCACCUUUUGUGCUAAUUACGUCGAAUGGAGACUUAUCCAUGUAUGACAAUGGAUACGCGACAAUAAUUUGGCUUUCGGCUCAGCGCAGACAAACGAUUAAUAAUUAACAGUGAAAAUUUGAAUGCAUGCAGCGGUUCUAACGAAAAUAUUAGCAUGUGAAAAAUGAACGGUAAUUUUCAUUCUGAUCAACUGAAGCAAUCUUGUGACAUGUAGUUCACUGAAUUACAUUCACGCAAAUCGACUGAACGGCUGAUCGGAACAACAAUUUAAGUUUAUCAAUUUUGCAUUUAAAUAACUUGAAUACCGGGAAAUUUUUCCCACCAGAAUGUGCCAAUAACGAAACUCUUCACCCUCCCUUUGAAGUCAAAGGCAUCUAAUCCAGCAUUAUUUACGGGUCUGCGAACUGCAAAGUUUUAUUUCUUUUUGGUUGCGUCGCAUUUGACUAAUUAUAAGUAUGCGUUAUAAUU